AUGGCUAGUGCAAGAACUCUUUUUGGAAUUUUAGGUUCAAAACAGAUAUUAAUUUGUUCAAAUUCCCAAUUUACUUCUAAAAUUUCAAGAACAUUUCUUCAUCAAUGCUUUAGAUGUCAUAAACCUCUACUGCUAAAUUCCUGGUCAGCUAAUAAUUUAACUCAAAAUUCUCUACUCCAAAAAAGAACAUUUCAUAAUUCACACAGUUUCAAUGCCGCAAGACGGGAUUAUUAUGAAUUAUUAGGAAUAGGUAAAAAUGCUUCAAAUGCUGAUAUUAAGAAAGCCUACUACAAAUUGGCAAAAAAGUACCAUCCCGAUGUAAAUAAAAAUGAUCCAGAAGCAUCUAAAAAGUUUCAAGAAGUUUCUGAGGCCUAUGAAAUUCUGGGAGAUGAAACUAAAAGAAAGCAAUAUGACACUUGGGGUGCAACAGCUGAUCAAAUGGGAGGCAUGGGUGGAGGAGGAGGCCAUUCAAAAGGUCCACAAGGAUUCAGUCAGCAGUGGCAAUAUCAAUCAACAGUUGAUCCAGAGGAAUUGUUUAGGAAAAUUUUUGGAGAUGCUUUUACAAAAGGCUCUUCUCAUUUUGAAGAUUUUGCAGAAUCAAACUAUGGAUUUGGCGAAGCACAAGAGAUUCUCCUCAGAAUAACUUUCACUCAAGCAGCUAGAGGUACCACCAAGGAUGUAAACAUAAACGUAGUAGACAAUUGUCCAAAAUGUAGAGGAUCAAGAUGCGAACCAGGUACCCAAGCUACAAAAUGCCAAUUUUGUAAUGGUACUGGAAUGGAAAGUAUCACUACUGGCCCCUUCGUCAUGAGAUCCACAUGUAGAUAUUGUCAAGGUUCCCGAAUGUAUAUUAAGCAUAAAUGUACUGAAUGUGAGGGAAAAGGUUCCACUGUACAAAGAAGAAAAGUUAGCAUUCCAGUGCCAGCAGGCAUCGAAGAUGGCCAAACAGUUCGAAUGUCUGUAGGAAAUAAGGAACUAUUUGUGACGUUUAGGGUAGAUAAAUCAGACUAUUUCAAGAGAGAUGGUCCAGAUGUUCAUACUGAGGCAGAUAUUUCAGUAUCACAGGCUCUUUUAGGUGGUACAAUUAGGAUCCAAGGAUUAUAUGAGGAUCAUACAAUUCAGGUAAUGCCCGGAACAUCCUCCCACACUAAAAUUCGUCUAAGUGGAAAAGGAAUGAAGAAAAUUAAUGGUUAUGGACACGGGGAUCAUUAUGUUAUAUUAAAAAUUAAAGCUCCGAAACAUUUAAAUGCAAAGCAGAAAGCAUUGGCGAUGGCAUAUGCUGAAUUAGAACAAGAUACACCUGGCCAAAUCUUAGGAAUCACUGUUAAGAAAGAUGGUAACAAAACAUUCACAACAAACGAGAAACCAAUUCUUUUAGAGGCAAUUCGUUCCGUAUUAGAAGGUAAGGACAAAAAAGAUACUGAUAGUACUAAUAUUGAUUUAAACCACAAUAGGAAACAAGAGGUAGACGCAAAUAGUUCAAAAUCGAAUACAGUUAAGCAACCAAAUACUAAAGAGGCCUGCGAAGACAGCGAUGUUGAAGAUACAAAAUUGAAAAACAAGAAUUAG